CAGCACAAAGUUAACUGUAUGUUAUCAACUCAAUCCUAAGAACUUAACUUGCUUAUACCAACUCUCCACAGCAUCUUCAACAAGAACCUCAUCAAUUCAUCAACAUGCAGUCAAUCACAGCACUCGUUUCGGUUCUCGCCAUGAUGCCCGGUUUGCUCGUCAAUGCGUGCGAUUGCCAUCAUAACAAUGAUGCCGGCCGAUGGAAGGGUUCUCAAACUCCUGCCAGUGUCGUCGAAGAACUUUGCAAAGAAGGAGGCACUUGCAAGGAAAAUGGUCAAGGAGCUAGGCUUUGUGUUGUGGGAGACGUCUCGCAGUGUCUCUGCGCCAUUAGUGCGGCUAAUAGCUGGCAGAGCAAGCAUGGAGAUUGGUUCUUGUGGUCUGGCAUCAACUGCGGCGAUUUGACUAUCACUAUGAACGCUGCUUAA